AUUUUGUUCAACAGAAUCAAAAAAAAAAAAAAAAAAAUAAAUAAUAAAAUGUUUAAAAGAAAAAAUUUACAAUUUAUUAAAUUUUUUAUCUAUUCUGAAUAACAUUAAUUUACUAUGUGACUAUAAUAUUAUAUUAAUUAAUGUAAUUAUUCCUUUUUGGAGUGUAAAUAUUUGUAAUACUAUCUGACAGAUAUGUCUCGGUUGGCAGACUAUUUCGUGAUCGUUGGUUAUGAUCAUGAAAAGGAACGUAAGGAAUCCUUUGUGAAAUGUUUAAUUAAUUUUAUAUUUGUAUUUGAAAUUUAUUUAUUUAACUAAUAAUAAUAAUAAUAAAAUAUCAUAUCUAGUUACCUAUUUCCGAAAAUCUCCUGUCUUAAUUUUUAAAAAUAAAUCAAUUUAAUGCUUAAUGAAUUUAUAUACCUUAAUUGUUAUACUGGACUGUUUAUUUAUUAUAAUGUUUUUAAUGUGCUAUAGGAAGUGGAACUAGUAAAGGAAUGAUAAUACAGCGAUUUCCAGAAAAAGACUGGAAAGAUACACCAUUUAUUGAUGGGAUAGAAUGGGUAAAUAUUAUUUUAAUUAAUUACAUUUUGAAAUUCUUAUAAAUUAAAUAGCUAUAAGCUUUAUACCUAGCCUUAAUUUUUUUUAAACACAAUGAAGUGAAAUUGAAAUUGAAAUUAAACCUAUUGAAAUUAAUUUAAAUAUCAACAUUUUUGUUAUCAAUGUUUUUAUUUAAUUUUUUUGAAUUUGAUAUUAAUUUGUUCUUUUCUAAUAAUAUGUAUUCUUAUUUUAUGUUAUUACAACAUAUUAAUUAUUUUAAUUUAGUUAUUUUUUAUUUAAAAUUUACAUUGAUAUUAGCACUAAAUUUAUAAUUUAACUUCAGAUUUAUAAAUCUUGACAGUAAUUAUUUUCAGUGUUAUUAUUUUAAUAAAUGGCAUAAUUUAAAAAUGAAAUAAUUUUAGAAUUGUUUAAUAUUAUAGUUUUGUCAACCUCAAGGAUGGUCUCUAUCAUCUGAACGGCAAGAACCUAGAUUUUUUGUUUUUGUUCUUACUGAUGUAGAAGCUGAAAGGCAUUAUUGUGCAUGCUUGUGUUUUAAUGAAACAAUAUCAAUUACUCCUAGUAAACCUGUUGAUGAGGCAAGUAUAAAUUUAAUAUAUUCAAUUAGGUUAGAUUCAAAAUAUUAUCAUAUUAUUGUAGUAGUACAUCUGACUAAAAUUAUGAGUAUUCUUUAUAACAAAUUCGUUAAUUUUUAAUAACAUUUUAAAUAUAUUCUUAAAUAAGUAUGAUUUAAAAUAAAGCAAAAUUAAUUAAACCAGUAAAAAUAAAUAUGCCUUGUUUUAAAUUUAACUCAUCUUUCUUCCAUAAUAUUUAUUUGUAAUUUUAUGUUUACUUGUUUUAUAUCAUAAACUCUGUAACUAGAUAAUCUAUUUGCUGUACCUAAUCCGUUUAUAAGUUAAACUAUUAGAAUUCUAUAAAUAAAAAAGUAAAAUACCAAUAUACAUAGGUAUAAUUUGUAUCCAUUAAAAUGUACACAAAAAAAUAAUAAUAUGUUUUUUAUUGUCAAAUAUAUUAUUAUUAAAUUUGUGGUAUUUUAAUGUAAAAGAUAAGAUUUAAUAUUUAAAGUACUGGAUAGGCAGAAAAAAUUUCUAUUCCUUUUGAAAAUAAAUCUGUAUUAAUGACAUUGACUCACUUAAAUCAACACUGUAAUUUUUCUUUUAUUUUGUUAAUAAUGUAAAUAAUUUAUAAAAUCAUUCGAGUUACAGCAUUAAUUGAAUGUUUUCAUUUUUUUUUAAAUAAUUACUUAACAUUAAAGUUUUUAGUAACAUUCUGACUUAGAUUCUAAAUAAAAAAACAUUUUAAUACUUAAUUUAUAUUAAAAUACUAAAUUUAUUUUUUUCUUGAAUUGUUCUAUUAUAUCAGUUUAUUAAUGCCAGUUAGAUGAUAUAAUUAGUCUAGCUUUAUUGUCUACUAUAUGAUUACAAUUUUAUUUCAUAGUAUGUAAGUUAUACUGCAUUGAAACAAAAUAAAAAUAUUUUUUGUGUAGGAAGAAGAUGGUGUUGUGGAAAACAUAGCACUUUCUAGAAGUAAUCACUCUAAUCAAAGGCAACAUCACAGCAUUAUGUAUGCACCAAAAUGUUUAGUAUUAGUGUCAAGGUUGGAUUAUAUAGAAACAUUCCGGGUAAAAAUAUAUUUGCACAUGUUUAAUUUAUGUAUAAAUAAUAAAUUAAUAAAAUAUUUUCAGAAUUGUUUAGGUAUUAUCUAUACCAUAUAUGUUGAAAAUGUAGAAACUCCAAUAGAAACAUUAGUAGGAAAUAUGUUAGGUUGUGUUCAAGUUCCUCAGCCUGGUGGACCUCAAGUACGAUUUAGCAUAGGUGCUGGAGACAGACAAGCACUGCAACCUCCAUUAUCCCAAACAUUACCAGUUACAAAAAAUGCAGUUUAUUUAUUAUUUCAAGAACUAGGUAAUUGUUUUUCUGUUAGAAAAAUAUACUUAAUUAUUUGUUUUACUGAAAUUUAAAAUAAUUUUUCAUCUAGGUAUUCACAAUGUGGUUGUACUGUUUUGUGCAAUUAUGACUGAACAUAAAGUUCUUAUGACUUCUAGAAGUUAUACUAGACUCACUGAAGGCUGUUCUGCUUUAAUAUCUCUUAUGUACCCAUUCAAGUAUAGCCAUGUUUAUAUACCAUUGUUACCUGCUGGUUUAGUUGAAGUCUUAUCUACACCAACACCUUUUUUAAUGGGUGUGCAUGCGUCUCUCAAAACUGAUGUUUCUGAACAAGUAAAAAUUAUUAUACUAAUUAAAACUUUAUAUUAAACACAAUUUUAAUUUGUUAUAUGCAGAUGGAUGUAAUAGUAGCUGAUUUAGAUGGUGGUAGUAUUCUUGUACCUGAUGGUAUAAGUCUACCUUUACUGCCUGAACCGCUAUUGACUCAAACUCAAGAUUGCUUGAGUCUAGUGUUACAACCAGAAUUAUGUUGUGCUGACCAUGCAUUUCCACCAACUUCUAAUACUGUUCAACCUCCACCUCCUACUCUCAUUGAUAAGGAAGUAAGAGCUGUCUUUAUGAGAACAUUUGCACAAUUACUUCAAGGUUAUCGAUCUUGUUUGACAAUAAUAAGAAUACAUCCCAAACCAGUUAUCACAUUUCAUAAAGUAAAUGUUGCAUACAAAUCAAUAAUAUUAAAAAUGUGAGAGCAAAAUUGUAUGAAUUAAAUAAUUUUCAGGCUGCAUUUUUAGGAGAAAGAUGCUUAAUGGAUGAUGAAUUUACAACUAGAGUAUUGGAUUGUAUGUUUUUUAACAGUUUUGUUUCUGAUAGAGGGCCAGCUUGGCGUUCUUGUGAUCAAUGGGAUGAGUUAUAUUGCAAUAUGAAUGAAUUACUUCGAAGUGAAGCAUUGGAUGAUGGACGUUUGAUUCUUACUCAUAUUCAAGUAUGAUGUAUAAUUAUACUUAAAAUGUACUUAUUUAAAAAAAAAAAAAUGAAAACAGUAUAUUUUUAAAUUAAAUAUUUUUGGUUUUUCAGUGUUUUAUUUGAAUAUUAUAAACUUGUGUAUAGUUUGUUUUUUUAAAUUAUAACAUCUUACAGGAAUUAGCUCAAGCACUGUACUUAAAUGAAAAUCCCAACCCACAACCAUAUGUUCAAAAAAUCUUAAAACCGCCUGAAGGAGCAUUUACCAGAAUUCAUCAGCCUCCUUUUCCAAAACUUGAUAACAAUCGUGUUCAGACAAUUAUAGAUGAUGGAUUGAUUAAAAACAAUUUGAAUUCAAAGUAAGUAUUUAGUUAUUAUUUUUUUUAUAAAAUUUUGUAUUUAUUAUUAUUGUAGACUUUCGUCAAUAAAACCUACUCCACCUCGUAUCGUACCUAUGGGACCACCAAUAACAAAUUUGAAUGAUCUGAGAACCACUGUCAGUAAUUCUGCUAGAAGAUUAGAAGUAUGAUACUUAUUAGUUAAACAAAUAGAUAUAUUAAAUAAUAUCUUUAAACUUAGGUAUUACGUAACUGUGUGAAUUGUAUAUUUGAAAAUAAAAUCUCAGAUGCGCGUAAAACAUUCCCAGCAGUGUUAAGAGCACUGAAGUGUCGAGCUGCAAGAUUAGCUUUAUGCACAGAACUUGCACAACAUGUGCAAGGAAACAAAGCUAUGCUAGAGCAUCAACAAUUUGAUCUUGUUGUUCGACUAAUGAAUUGUGCUUUGCAGGUAUGGUACUACAUGAUCAUAAAAUACAUAAUUGUGGAUAAAACCUAAAAAAAAAAAAAAAUUAAAAUUAUUAGUAAAAAAACAAUUUAAGUAUAAUAAUAUUAUAUUUAAAUACCAGGAUGGAUCAGCAAUGGAUGAAUUUGGUAUAGCAGCUGCUCUUUUACCAUUAGCAACUGCUUUUUGCCGUAAACUGUGCACUGGAGUAAUACAAUUUGCAUAUACAUGUAUUCAGGUAAUUUUAUUAUUUAGAAUGUAAUACUCACUUAGUGUUAUUUGACCAGCAAUAUGCUUGUGUCCAAGAGAGACAAAUGUAUUUAUAUAAACUGGUUUUAAUGUAUAUUUUAAUAUAUAUUAGGACCAUGAAGUUUGGAAAAAUCAACUUUUUUGGGAGUCAGCCUAUUAUUUAGAUGUACAACGAGACAUAAAAUCUCUAUACUCUGACAAUAAUCUCUCAAGCAAUAAAAGGUCUUCAUCAAUGAAUUUAUCUAGUCCACGUGAAAAUCAUGUAAUUGAAACAAAUACAUUUUUUAAACUACCAUUUAACUUACCUUUUUUUUAUUUUUAGAAUAAAGAUAAUAUUUUAAAUGAUAGAUUUAGUCGUUCACAAGAAUUAUCUGCUUUAGAAAUAGCUGCUGAACAAAUGCGAUUGCGUCCAUCAAACAAUUCCGGUAAAAUCUGUAAUUGGAGUUUAAUAUACAUAAUUGUUAUUAAUUAUUUUUAAUUUUUUUCUGGUUUAUAUUUUCGUUUAGAUAAACUAAGAGAAUAUAUAUCAAGUGAAGAAUCAACUCUGUACAGUCAAGCUAUUCAUUAUGCUAAUCGUAUGGUGUACUUACUUGUUCCAUUAGAUGUUGGUAGUAAUAAUGUUAAAAGUUCAUCGAAUCAUCAUCAAUCUACUAAUAAAAACAUAGAUGAUGAAAGGGCAUCUAAUAGUAUAACUAAUAGGUAAUUAUUAUUAUUUAUUUUGUUUUGUUCUAGUCAUUAGUUGGUCAAUUGCUUAGAUUUAUUUUAUUUUUAGUGCUGUUGAUAGAUCUGGUAGUGUUUGUGAAUCUGAUAUUGAAAGUGGUUAUGCUGAACCAGAACCUAAUGAAAUUGGUAAUAAAGUAAUUAAAAUGGUUAGCCGUUUUGUUGAUAAAGUAUGUACAGAAGGAGAAGUUCGGGAAGAACACAUUCGUUCUUUACAUCAAAUGAUUCCUGGUGUAGUACAUAUACACAUUGAAACAUUGGACGGUGUAAAUAGGGAAUCAAAACGAUUGCCUCCAAUCCAAAAAGUAUUAUUAUAAUAUAAUAAACAUAUUUGUCAGUUUUAAUUUUAUACAUUUUAUAAUAAUCCUAUAUCUUUUGUUUAGCCAAAGAUAUUGACGCCAAAUAUGCUGCCAGGAGAAGAACCAUUGAUGGAUGGUUUAAGGGUAUAUUUAUUACCAGAUGGGAGAGAAGAAGGUUUAGGAGGAUUAGUUGGUGGGCCACCUUUAUUGCCAGCAGAAGGAGCCAUUUUUGUCACAAAUUAUCGUAUUGUAUUUAAAGGAACUCCUUUGGAUCCUUUUGCUUGUGAACAAAUUGUAGUGAGAUCAUUCCCUGUAACAUCAUUGACUAAAGAAAAACGUAUUACAGUUCAAUAUUUGGCACAUCUAGAUCAAUGGUUACAAGAAGGUCAUCAGUUUAGAUCUUGUACAUUUCAAGUAAUUAUUUUCCAAACAUAAUGCCUUAACUUAAUUAUGUGAAAAUGUUAAUACUUUUCAGUUAAUUAAAGUGGCAUUUGAUGAAGAAGUGAAUGCUGAAGAUAUAGAAUGUUUUCGAAAGUUUAUUCAUAAAGUACGUCAUCCUCCAAAUGUAUUUAAUCACUUUGCAUUUACAGGCCAAAUACCAAUUUAUGAAAUGCCCAUGACAAAUGACAAAGAAAAAAAUGCUACACUUAAGUGAGUUAUGAUUACAGUUUUUGAUAUAAUAUAUAAUUUUUGAAAUUUUGUAUCUAUAUUUUUUUUUUUUUACAAGGGGAUUUGCAAAAAAAACAUUAAUGAAGACUGCUCGUAAAGCUGGUUUCAAACAAAAGAGUUCAUCUAAACGACACAAAUAUGUUUUGCCUAACAUAUCAAAUAGUUCAAUAAACAAAUCUAAUAAAUACAUGACUACUCCUGGUAGGAUGACUCUUCCACCUUUUAACAAUCUUGAUGACAUAUCUGGUAUGUUAAUUCACAAGAUAUUUUUAUUAUUCAGUAUUGUUUACACAGAAAAUAAUUUCUGCUUGAAAUUUGAAUAAAUUUAAUUUCCCUAUAUAUAAUACCUUAGGGUUAUUAGGAAAUUUUAUUUUUAUUCCCAAGCCCCCUCAGGGGUAACAUUUGGCGUUUAAAUGAUAAUUCUUACUUUAUUUUUUGUAUAAAUUUAAUUUUUAAAUAUUUGUUUACACUUAAAAGGGUAUGGUAUUUUAGUUGUUAGACUUUUCUUUUGUAUAUAUUAUGCACCUCAAGUUUAAUUUGGUUUAUUAAAGAAUGGAUAGAAAAAUUUAAUUUUAAAUCUUUUAAAUCACUUUAUCUUGUAUAUUAAUUACAAUAUUGAUUUUAAUUAUUUUGACAUUACUGUAUUAUUUUUGUAUAUUAUAGUGAAUGAAUUAGAUAUCAGUGGGAUGAACACUCCUAACAUUGUUUCUAAUGUUUCUGAUCCAAAAACAUUAGAACGUGUGACAGAAAGGAGUUAUGUAAGAGAUUGGAUUAGAUUAGGUCUUGCACCAAAAAAUACUAGUUCUACUAAUAUUGGUCAAAAAAAUAACAAUAAAGAACAAUUUAAAAUUACUCCACUAAAUUCAGCAUAUUUACUGUGUCGCAGGUAACUAAAUUAAUUUUGUAUUAAAUAUGAAAUUUACUAAUUUAGUGUUAUUAUUUAUUAUAUAUUAAAGACAAAUAUAUUAAUAAUCAUUAUAUUUUAUACAAUUUCAGUUACCCUGCACUAUGGGUAGUUCCAUCAACUAUGUCAGAUGAUAGUAUUCGAAGGUUUUAUCGAAACUAUCGUCAUAGUAGAGUUCCUAUAAUUACAUGGCGUCACCAGCAAACAUCAGCACUUUUAUUACGUGGUGCAGGAUAUCAUGGUAAAAAUCUAAUUGGAAUGCUUAAAUCAACACAUCCCUCAUCUACAGGUAUAUUUAUUUUUCAAGUACAUUCAAAUGUUUACCAAUUUUACUAUUAUAUUUAUUAUUUAUGUAUCUAAUAAUUUUAGGCACAUUGAAUUCAGAAAGCAAUUCUUCUGUAGAGCAAGAAAGAUACUUAUCAGCUAUAGUUGCUUUGACCCCUUUAUCGACCUUACGCCAUAGUGGGGCUGCUUUGGGAUUAUCGGAUAGUAGUCUUAGUAUUAAUUCCCUUUUGUUAGCUGCAGAUGAAGACAUACCAUCCCCAGAUAUUUCUCGCAGGUAUUAAAAAUUAAUAAGCUAACAUACUUUUUAUUAAAUUUUUUUUCUAUUUUUAUUACAAUUGGAGUACAAUCAUUUUCUCAAUAUAUUACAGUAUUUUAUAUUUUUUAAGUAUCAAAACUAGGAUAAUAACAGAAAUUUGAACAAAUGUAAUUAAAUUAAAACUUCAAGUUAUAAAACAUGUUUACUUAAAAAGUCAAUAUAUAGUAUGUUAAAUUAAUAGCCUAUUUAUAUAAUAUAAUCAUUAUUUUGUACAAUUAGGGGUCCAAUGAGAUCUAGUGGUGGUAAUAAACAAUUUGGACGUUGGGGUUCAUUAAAAGAACGGCGAAAUAAUAAUAUUUCAUCAAAUAACAGUUACUCAUCUCCCAUGUUUCAAAGUCAGCAAUAUGGACGAAUGUCUAUGGCUGAUACUGAUUCGAAUACAGAUAGUCCACAUGAAUUUCAUAAAGCUGCUUUGUAUAUACUUGGCGAUAAAGCUCAAAUGAAAGUAAUAAAACUUGGAGAAUAAUAUAUGAAACAGUAUAAUGGUAAUUUUAAUGGUUUUAAAGGGUAUGAAAGGUGAUUCUGUCAUGAAAAUUGAUUUUAUUCCAAUUGAAUAUGCAGAUAUUCGUCAUACUAAGACUUCAUUUAAAAAACUUAUGCGAGCAUGUGUACCAAGUUCUACUAGUAAUGAACCUGAACAUUCUUUUUACAAGUUAGUAUGAAAUUCAUAUAUGUUUUCCUUAUUUUUGUCUGAAAAAUGUAUGGGCAAAAUAAACUACGAAAUUAAAAAAUAUUGAAAUUGUGGUUUAAAUUAAAAAUAAUAAUUUAAUAUAAAUGGUAACUUAAGACUGUUAUAAUAUUUUGCUAAACCCUCCAUUAGAAAAUAUAUUUAAUGGUGAGAUUUUUAAAAUGUUAUUACAAUGUCCUGAUAUACUAAAUCUGGCUUAUAACAAUUGGUGGUAAUUUUUAUUUGCGCUAAUUCAUUUAAUAAGAGCUAAAUAGACUUUAUGAAAUAGAUAACAUGGAAGUUAUUUCAUUUUCAAUUAAAGUAAAACAGUUAAUUUAAUUACUAGACAAUGAAAAUUGUAUUAUUUUUUUAUUAGUUAAAAUAUAUAAAUUUAUGCUAAUUGUCUUCCAUUGACAACCCAGGAGCUGGUUGGUGAAAUUCUUUUAAUUUUUAUACUUCUCUGCUUUUUUCUUUAAUUUGUAAUAUGUUCUGUAUCUCUUAACUACUUGUCUUAUGUAUUUAAGUAGUGGCCUUCUUCGGUGGUUCUUCCCCUCUAUUCUUCCUAGUAAAUUUUUAUACCUUUGUAGUGUAUUUUUAAUUAGUUUAGCUCUUCAAGGCUUUCAGAAAAUUUCUUCUCUCCCAUUUUUCGAAAUACUUCUUCAUUUGUAAUACAAUCUACUACCUACCUUAUUUUAAGAAAUCUCCUCUAAUGCCAUACUUAAAAUUUAAAGACAUUAGAACCUUGAUUAUCUGAAUCUCUGUUAUAUGAACCCUCUAUUCUUAACAUUAUUUCGUUUCAAUUCAUGUAUCCACACAUUUGCAAGAUUUAACGGUGCAAGUAAGUAGGCUCUUUUUCUAAUAGAAUAUACAUCAAGACUGUUGUACACAUAUUAUUUCUUGGACUCAUCUUCCAUCACUUAUAAUCAUAAUUUUUAAGUAUUUAUAUUUUUCACCUUCCAGUGUGUUACUAUCUAGAUUUAUAUCUGACUGAGCUAUUUCAUUAUGACUACAGACAAGGAUUUUACUUUUAGAUUUAUUUAUUUUUACAUUGUAUUUAUUCUUGAAUUAAAUAUUUAUUGUCAUUAGAAUAUUUUGUUAGUCUUUUUCAUUCUGUUAAUUCUGCAUCGUCAACUACAUAUUUAUUUUUCCUUGAAUUUGUAUUCCUUCUUGUACAUAAAGGUUAAAUAAACAUUUAUAUAAGGAGUACCCCUGUCUUCGGCUUUCUUAAGUUUCACUUUUUCCUGUCUAAAUCUAUAAAGCACUUAAAGAAACUUAACUAUUUUCUAUUUUGCAAUUCCUGAUUUGUCCAAAAUUCAAAAAGAAUGUUUUCCAUUUUAUGUUGUCAAAAACUUUCUCUAAGUCUUCAAAGGCUAUGAAUGUUGAUUCCUAUUUUCCUAUUCCUAUUAUGAAUAGAAUUUCCUAUUUGUUUUUCAAUCACUUGCCUAAAUGUAAGUAUAGCUUUCUUAAGCUGUUUUGUUUUCUUGACCUUUCAGUAGGCGUUUGUCAUACUCUAUACAACAGGAUAGUAUUUAUAUAAUAUUAUAAUUGUACAAAAUGUGCAUACGUGUCUGGUCUUCAAUUAGUAGGCUAUCUAUAAUGUUUUCUAUUUAUUUCAGCACAAUACAUAUGAGAAUUUUUGAUGCUUGUGAAAGCAAACUUAAUGUUCUAUCUGUUCAUAUGUUUUCGCUCCAGUCUUUUUUGGUAUUGGCACUAAUAUGCAUUUUGUAAAAUCUAUUUUUCUAUUAUCAUCGAUUUUAUAGACUAGUUCAUAUAGAAUAUUCUUGAAAUUUUCUCCACUGUUCUUGAUAAAUUGUGCUGGAAUUUCAUAUAUCCAUGAUGCUUUCCUAUCCUUAAAUUCAUUUAGUGCUUUCUUAAUUUUUUCCUUCAUUAUUGUUCAGUCUCUAUUUUCUGAAUGUCUUUCCACCUCUUGUUUGUCUGUGGUUGUAACUUUUCGGUCUUUGUACAGGUGUUUCCGGUGUUCUCUCCAAUUAUCUCUACUUCUGAUUCUUCAAAUAGAGUGUCACCGCUUUUCUCUUUCAUAUCAGUUUGUUUUUUAUCUCUUUGAAAAAGGUUUUUACUAUUCUAUAUACUUUACCUUUAUCUUUGCCUUUCAUCAGUUGUUUGUUAACCUCUGUACAAAUAUUUUAAAAUACUUUUUGUAUAUUCUCUGUUUAUUGAAUUUCUUAGACUCCUAUAUUUUUUCAUGCUUGAAGGGUUGCAUUAUAAUAAUGAUAUGUUUUAAACUUACCAUUAAAAGUCAGCUUAACUGACAUCAAUUAAUAUUUAGCGGAUGUUAUCAUAUUAAUAAUAUUGUAUUAGCAGCCUUUCUUUGUUUAAUUAAAAUUAACUAAGUAAUGGAGUGUAUUCUACUUCUCCAUCCUUCACCUGAAUUAUUUUGGGUCAAUCACCAAUGGGCCCCACUGAACAGAUUCCUUUGAUUUAAACUUAUACUUGACUUUGAUCUCUCACCUUGCUUACAUUAGCUGUCCUCACAUCAUUCUCAAUUGCAUCAACCCCUUUUUUUUGGUUUUUUCUUUUUUCUUAUGUUUAUUUUCAUCACAAUUUUUACUGCUUUUGAUUCCUCUUCUCAUGAUAUGCCAAAGUGUAAAUAAUGUAUUAAUUAUGUAAUAAUAUACAGUAUCAAAUAUUAUAUUUAUUUAUUAAUAAAAAUCACAUCAUAAUAUAUAAAUUUAAAAAAAAAACCCCCAUUAAGAAAUAUUUAAUUAUUUUCUUUAAUAUUAUGAAAUUGAUUUUGAGUUUAUUAUAAAAUUGUUAUUGAUUUAGAAUGAUUGAAAAUUCUGACUGGUUACAACAGUUAAGAAGCAUUAUGCAGUUAUCUGGAGCCAUAGUAGAUUUGAUUGAUGUACAAGGUUCUUCCGUUAUGUUGUGCUUAGAAGAAGGCUGGGAUAUAACAUGUCAAUUAUCAUCAAUAGCACAGUUAUGCAUGGACCCUUAUUAUCGUACAAUUGAAGGUUUCCGUGUUUUAAUUGAAAAGGAAUGGCUUGCAUUUGGUCAUCGUUUUAGCCAUCGUAGUAAUUUAGCUACGGCGUCUCAAGCUUCUGGAUUCGCUCCGACUUUUUUACAAUUUCUGGAUAUUGUUCAUCAAAUUCAUAGCCAGUUUCCAUUGUCGUUUGAAUUUAAUGAUUACUAUUUGAAAUUUUUGGCAUAUCAUUCAGUUUCCUGUCGAUUUCGAACAUUUUUAUUGGAUUGUGAGUUGGAGAGAGUAGAGUGUGGAGUGGCUGCUGUUGAAGACAAAAGAGGAUCAUUGACAUCACAUCACAAAAGUGUUGAUACCGGUUCAGAUGACGACAUUGUUUAUCCCGGUAUAGUGUGUUUUUUCUUUUUUAAAUGUAUCUAAAUUAUAUUAUCGAUGACGUAUAAUGUGUUACAGGAGGUCGUUUGGCCGGUAAUAAUAUUUCUGCCCAUUAUAUUCCAAAUUUAGGACAAUCUGUGUUUGAUUACAUUGAAAAAUACAACGCUCGUACAUCUAUAUUUUACAACUUUAUGUAUAUGCCAAAUACUGAUCAACCGGUACACAUAUUAUAAUUAAUUAUAUUAAUAAACUAUUGUUAAAUUAAUUAUUGUUAUUAUUUACAUUUGUCCAAUUAGGUUCUUAGACCACAAUCUUCAUUACCCAAUUUAAAUGUUUGGCAGUAUUAUUUGAAUGAAGAAUUAGCGCACGGGCCGAGUUACGAUUUAGAAAUUAUUCAAAUGGACAUGCAGCAAGAAGAGGAAGCUGAAGCAGCGGAUGGUAUUUCUAACAAGACUACUCGAAAAGUUGUUACAACUGGGUAAUUAUUAUUAAAGUUUUAUUAAAAUCGCUCAUUUCAUGAAAUAGAUAAUACUGUACAUUUUGUGCAAUUAGUCAAAAAACUAUUCUUUUCUAUAUUACAUGAAUUAAAAUAUAACAGUAAAUUCUAUUAUAUUUUUAAAAACCCAUGCGUAUUAUUUAUAAGUGAGAUUGAGAAUAUUAAUUAAAUUAAUUUCAAAUUAUGAACUAAAUAUUUUUUUAUCUUAUUAUUCAUUUUUGUAUGACAAUUAAUUAUGACACCAAUUAUUAUAUAAGAAGUUUUUUUUUAAAUAUGCACACCUACUUGAUUGGCAAAGACUUUUUACCAUUUAUGAACUAUUUAUUAACUUAAUCAGUAGUAGUUAUAAGUUGAGUUAUAUAUUUUUUUCAAAAAUUCACUGUUAAACCAUUACUUAUAUAAACUAGAGUACAAAGUUUAUUCCAAGUUAUUCCAAGUUCGUGUAAUCCUUUUAAUUUUUAAUGAUCACACCAAAUAUAUUUUAUGGAUCUAUGACCCCCUAUCAAAGCUGAAUGAAGCUAUGAUACUGAUACACAAGAAAGAUGAUAAGACAAACUGUGAAAAUUACAGUGGAAUAUCAUUCCUAAAUUUGGCUUAUAAAGUAUUUGCAAAGAUAUUACUGAACCAAAUAACUUCCUAUCUAGAGGAAAAUAUUGACAUGUAUCAGUGAGGAUUCCUAAAUGGCAGGUUGACAAAUAGAACAGCUUUCAGUCAUAGGCCAAAUAAUAGAAAAAAAAGUAUGAAUUGCACCAAAACAUCUGGUAACUAUUUGUUGAUUUUGAAAAGGCCUGUGACAGCGCAUUCAUGGAAAAAGCCUAUAAUAUUAUGGAGAAAUUCGGGAUCCCAGAGAAACUUAUGUGGCUAACAAAAAUGUGUAUCAUAGUAUCAAAUAAUAGUCGAAAAUUUGUUGUCUGAAGCAUUUGAAGUAAAUACAAGCCUAAAACAGGGUGAUUCACUGUCCUGUGUCUUAUUCAAUAUAGCAUUGGAAAAAGCUAGUAGUAGUCAGGUAUCAUCAAAUAGAAGAUAUAGAGAGAUCAGUAAAAAGUUCUCAAGUAAGCAGCCAGUUGAAUAAUUCUGAAAAAAACCCAAAUAAUGGAACUGCUAAAUAAUAGAGACAACACCGAUGCAGAAUCACUUAUUUUCGACAAAGUAAAAAAAUGUUGGUACUUUGGAACAGUAUUGAGUACUAGAAAUGAUUGGUCAAGAGAGAUAGGAUUAAGGAUUAUAAAAGCUGAAAGAGCGUUAUUUACUUAAAGUAAGUUCCUAAAAUCAAAUUCUCCGAAAAAACCAAAUUAAGGCCAUAUACUAUGGUAAUAAAAUAAAAUAUGGUGGACCAAUGUGAACCGAUUUAUGACAAUGCCAAAGAAGUGUGGAGGAAAAAUAUUAACAAAAUACUACGGGAAGAAAUGGGAAUGGCAUCAGUUAUUAGCUUCAUAAAAGGACAAAGGCUUCAGUGGUUGAAGCAUGUGAUGUGAAGAGAAGAAGAUGAUGUUAGCAGAGUAGCUCUAGAGUAAAAACCGGCAACAUAAAGAGCUCGAAGAAAACCCAUGAAAAGAUGGCUGGAUGUUGUGGGGAAGGACUUUAAGAGGGUGGAAGUACAAAAUUGGUGAGAACUAGUUUAGGAUCGAGAAAAAUGGAGGGACAUUAUGGCAGAAAAAUUCUUAAAUAGUAUUAAAAGCCAAUAAAGAAGAUAGAUCCUCUAUCAACUUUAGUAUGGUUUAUAGUAGGUUAAAUAUGACUUAUCUCAUUUAUAAAUAAUAUAAUAUAAUUUAUUGUUAUAUUUUCAUUCAUAAAAAUAAUAUUCUCUUCUAGUUAGGAUGAUAUCAAUUAUCAAUAAUAAUCUAUAGUAUUUUCGUACCUUGGCCAACUUCAAUAUCUCAGUUUACUUGUUCUAUUCUUUGUAAAAUUAAUUAAACAUUAAGUUUAUAUGUUAUUUAAAUUUUAAUUCAAUUUUUAUUUUGUUUUCUUUCUCUAAUUUGUAUACAUUGUAAUUAUUGUAAUGUUAUGUUAUUUUGUAUUGCUAAUAUUUUUCUCAAAAGCCACUUGGCGUUUAUUCUUAUAAAAUAAAUAGAAAUAUAUAAAAUUAUAGUUUAUAGACUAAUUACAUAAAGUACACAGUAUAUGUAUUAUCUAUUUCAUGAAAUGGACGUCCAUUUAAUAUAUUUUUUGUCAAAAUUAAUCAUCUGGAUAAAUUUCACCAUCCAGUUUAUGAAAUGAGUGAUGAGUAAUUUCACUAUAUGAAUGUAACAUACACAUUAUACAAUUAUAGUAAUUUCUAUUGAUCCAUUAUCAAAUUCAGGUAUAACAUAAUAGAACGUUACAUGCCAGACGCAUUUAAACAUCAAUUAGAUGAAAUUCACAAAUUGGAAACUGAACUUGGACUUUUGCCACAAAAAUGGAAAGUGCUCUGGGACAAAUUAGAAAUUCCUGUUAUGACAGAUUCAUUAAAGGUUAUUAUUUGAAAAGCUUUGUAGCAUUAGUUUAAAUAAAUUUGUUUCUUUAGAGACACGCUUCAUUUAGUACACAACUGGUAAGAUAUCAUGGUCGAUUGUUGCACAAACGGUCUACACUAGAAAUUCUUAAGCGUGGGAAAGCGAGUAAUACAACGUCUACGAAUGCAGACACAAAUCCACCUCAUUCUCAUCCGCACCGUUUUGAAAAAUACAACUUCACCACUCCUACAUACUGUGAUUAUUGUUCUAGUCUUCUGUGGGGUCUAAUAAAGGUAAAAAUAAUAUUUAGUAUUUACUAUCUUUGUAUUUUGUGUUUAUCUAUUGUGAAUUAAAUUCAUUACAAAUUGCCAAAAAUGUCUUCUACAUAACAUAUUCUAAAUUUUUAAAAUUAUAAUUUGUUAAAUUCUUUUGAUAUGUGUAUGAUUUAUGGAACAAUCAAUAUUUGUAUGUUUGUUAGGUUUUUUGAUGUUUGCAUUGUUCACGUACGUAAAUUUUAAUAUAGUGUUAAAAUAUUUAACUCAUCAAUCUCGCCAUAGUUACAUUUUAUAUCAAAAUUAAAUUUAUAUUUUGCUAUUAAAAAUCAUAUUUUGCUUUGAGCCAUUAAAUUGUCUUAAAUUUGUUGAAUAUUUUAGAUUCUGAGUAUAGCAAACAAUUGUUUUUACUAUACCUAUUUUUUCUGUCUAUAAACAAUGUUUAUCAGAAAUAAUGCCCUGGUCAUCAACUUCAGGAAGUUUAUUCAUUGAAAUUAAUGGAUUAUCAUAUAUUGUGGUUUAUCUUUAAAAAAAAUAAAACCAUAAUUGACCUGAUAUUUUUACAAAAAAUAUGUCUACAUUUUCACUGGAAUAUUUUAAAAAAAAAGCAUUUAAAAAUUAGGUAUAAAAACCCAUCCUAUAUAUUGGUUAAUUUUAAUAUAAACUCAAGGUUAUCAAUUGGAAAAACUAGAAAUAUUUAUGCAAUAACAGAGUACCAGAUGUCAGAAAAAAGUCAUAUUGGUUCACCGCUUUUUAGUCAUUGGGCUUAUUUAAUUUUCCUUGUGGCUUUCAUAACUAUUGGAAAAACUUAAAAUAUUUAUAUAAUAGCAGUUUCUGUCAUUUUCUAUUUUGUGAUUUUGUUACAAUUAUGUUAAAAAUAAUUGGAUCAACCUAAAAAAAUCAACUAAAUUCUACAUCUUGAAUAUCUUUUAGUAACUAAUUUAAUAUCUUUCAAACAAUCCAUUUUAAAUUCAUUUUCAAAUAAUUGAGAUUUUGAUGGUAUCAUACAGAUUUAGAGAAAACUAAUUAUAGAAUUGACCAUAAUAUUUUGAUUAAAAAAAUCUGUUUCACAGGUUCAUUAUUGUCAUGGCUUAAUUCUUUUCUAACUCAUUGAUGUCAAUUUAUUAAGUAUAAACAUAUUAUUUUAAAUUAAAUCUCAGUCAUUUCAGUAGUCUCAAGAAGAGGUCAUUUUUCCGCACUAUUAUUCAAUUUAUUUAUUUAUGAUAUUGUUUUCUAUAUUAAUAUUUCAAUUAUUUAUUAUUUUGUAAACUGAUGACAAAAAAAUAUUAAAAUGUAUUAAUGCAGUAGAUACUGAACUUUUACAGAAAGAUUUAAAUAGUUUCAACUAUUGGUGUACAUCAAAUGGUAUGUCCUUUAAUAUAAAUAAAUGCCAAAGCAUCUCCUUUUAUAAAAAGUACCAUUUUAAUUUCUUUUUAAUUUAUACUUUAAAUCUUUAUCUAGUUAACAUUUAGUUCAAUUCUCCCAAAUUGAAGUUUUUGGAAUAAUCUUUGAUACAAAGUUUAUUCAAUUUCCAUAUGUAUUCACAAUUAAGGAAAAAGAUUUUUAAUUGACAUGAUCAAGCUAUAUUGGUUCUGUUUCAAUAAUUUUAGAUUCUGAGUGGAGCAAAGAAGCUAAUGGUUUUAUAAAGAUUUUUUUUUCCUAUGCACAACUUUUCAACUUUUCAAAUUUAUAAUGAUAGCAAUGUUUCUGAAAAAAAAAUUUCACUAGGGAGGUACUUUAAAGAGGUCAUUCUUCGAUUUUCUUAGGAGUCUUCCCAGAAAAUGUGAAAAACCUGGAUAAAACAUAGGAAAACUAGGAAAAAUGUAGGAAAACUUGGAAAACUGGUGCGACAUUAAACAAAUAAUAUUAAUACUAUUUAAUUAUUUUACUGUAAAAUGACAUAUAUGUAUAUAUGUAUUUAUAUAUAUUGUUGACAAAGCAUCACUAUCAAUUGAACUCUGGUCAAAAUCAUUAUUUUGUUAGCAAUGGUUUAUCGUUGCUUACAUAUAUACAUUAAAUUAUCUAUUAAGUUGCUGUGUACCCUUCCCCAUUAUCCUAGGACUUUUUUUUUCAUGUUAAAAUGUCUUUAUACUUAUUCAUCCCCAACUGGAAUAUGCUUCAAUUAUAUGGGAUACAUUAUUCAUUCUUUGUUUUAAAUGCAAUUUAUGUAGACCCUUCUCUGACAAUGUAGAUAUUCUUAAUUACUUAAAUUUGAUGCCUUUAAAAGACAAAAGGAACUUUUACUAUAAAAUAUUUCUAUUUAAAUUACUUAAUAAUAUUGAAGACUUCUCUCUGCUAUCCAAUAUUUUCUUUAAAAUAAAUAACCAUGAUUUUAGAAAUAAAGAUUAAUUGUAUAUUGCUCAUUAUUCCCAAAAUUAUAUGGCACUUUCCCCUGUCAAUAUUUUAUUAUGUGUCUAAAAUAAAUUGAAUAAUUUAGAAUUUUUUAAACGAUAAUUUAUUGUAUAUCUAGUACCUAUAUAUUCUUAUUCUUAUUAUAUUCACUUUAUAUUGUAUCUUAUAUUAAUUAUGUUCAAAAAAAAUAUGUUAGUUGUAUAAAUUGUACUAACUGUCCAUUAUUUAAGAAAAUAAAUGAGCCUUUUAUAGUAAUAGUAGUUUCAAAAACUUUCUGGCGCAUUUCAAUUAUUUAUUUCAGCUAUUUAAAAUAUUUAAAUUAAUUAUUAAUUUGAAAAUUUGACACAAAGUUCUUUAAAGUUGUAUGGUAAAUUAAUUGGAACAAGAAAAGUUGAGCAUUGAAACUUUUUUGGCAGUAAAAAAAAUAUUCAGUGAAUUAAAUGUUAUAUCCAUUUUGUUUUUUCAUCAUUUCAGACUGGCAUGAGAUGCUGUGAUUGUGGUUAUAGUUGUCAUGAAAAAUGUUUAGAAAAUGUACCAAAAAGUUGUACAAAAUAUAAAGCUGUUGCAGACAGAACGUUGACUAAUCAAAAUGUUAAUAGAACAGGCGGUGAUACUGCUUCUGUGAAUUCAAGUAAAUUGUUUAAAAAUAAACAUUAUUAUUAACAUUAAUUGUAUAAUUUUAAGUUAUAUGGAAUUUUGUUUAUACUUUAUUAUUUGUAAUAGUAUAAUAAUUUAUAGUAUAUAUUCAUAUAAUAAUAAUAUAUUAUAUUUACAACAUAAUUUAUGCUUUUUAGACAUGAAUGGUAGCCAUCAGCAUUACUAUGAACAGUUUUCAUCAAAUGUUGCUGAAAAUAGAACACAUGAAGGUUAUUUGUACAAACGUGGUGCUCUUUUAAAAGCGUGGAAACAACGCUGGUUCGUUUUAGAUUCAAUUAAACACCAAUUGCGAUACUAUGAUUCUAUGGAUGAUUCUCAUUGCAAAGGAUACAUAGGUGAUCUUAUUAUUUGUAUAAAUAUCGUGUAUUUUAGAUUCUGAGCAUUAUAAGGAAUUAAUCGAUUUUAUAAUGUUUUUUUCCUUAACUCUAUUGAAUAAUUGGAAAAAUAUAUAGAUGAAAUGGGAAAAUUUACACAAUAACUGUUUUGGGAUUUUUUUUGUUGUAAUUUAUUUAAUAAAAAUAACUGUAGAGACCUGAAAUUGAAAUAAAAAUGUUCAAAACCUUCAGGUUAUUUCUUAAGCUAUUUAUAGACAUUUUAUAAUUAUUAUUUUUUUGGUUUUAUAUGAAUAAAAUUGUUUUGACUGAGCAAAAAUGUUUGAAAAUGUAAUACUUAGGUUCAUCAUAAGUUGUUUUUAAUGGUAAAACAUGAAUUUGAGCAUAACAUAGUAGUUUUUGUUUUAAGCAUCAAAUUUAUAUUUUAAUGAAAAUUGUAAUUGUCAUGUUAUUUUUAAAUCUUUUUUACAAUUUAUGUGAAUAUAAUUUUUUUGCCCAUCCGAAAUGCUCAACAAUUUAACAUAGAUUGUACUUAAGAAAAGAAAAGAAUAUUGAUACAAAUUAUUAUCUAUGUGAUUUAUCUUUGCCUACAAAUAUAAAUUAAAUAAUGUAUUCUAACUUUUUUUACUUAUAAUAGUUGCAAAUUUAUUAGCAGUGUCUUCUUCAGUACUUCUUUUUUUUUGUUUUUUGCAUUGAUAAAGUGGUUUUUCAACCAAAAACAUGAUACUUCAUAAAUUUUAUAUCAAUAUUUUUUUCUGAAUUUUUCAUUAACAAUCUAAAUUAAAUUGUUCAAUUUAGAUCUUGCUGAAGUGAUGUCUGUAUUUCAAGCAAAUCCAACUCCUGGAGCACCAAAAAAAACUGAUGACAAAUCAUUUUUUGAUGUGAGAACAUAUUUUUUUCUAACAUUUUUAUCGAAUUACAUUAGUUAGCUAAAUUUGUUUUUUCAUUAGCUGCGUACAAACAGAAGAACGUACAAUUUCUCUGCCAGUGAUAUGUCGACUGCACAAGAAUGGAUAGAAAAAGUCCAAGCUUGUUUGCAAUAAUGAACUAUUGUCUCAGAAGAAAGACAUUUAUACAAAAUUUCUUUUUCGUUGGUAAAUACUAUUUAAUUUAUUAACCAUUAUUAAUUUCAUUAUAAUUAUUGUUAUUUAUCCUUUUAUAUAUAUAUAAAUAUGUAUAUAUAUAUAGUGAAAUAAGUUGACCAUUACUGAUAUGAACAUAUAUUACGUGAUGUCUUCUUAUCAAUGUGUUGAAAACGAAAUGUGAUAGUUUUGUAUAUUAUAUAACUAUUUUUUUUUCACAACUUCUUUUUAUUGUUUUUAUUAUUACUAUUACUAUUAUUAUAUUUAUUAUUAUCAUUAGUUUAUUAGUUAUUAUUUUAUGCCUAUGUGUUGUAAUAUUAUGAUUUAUUAUUAUAAUAUACUCUAAACAAAGACUCAAGGGUCUUUCCAAAAUGGGCAAUUAAUUCUAAAAUUUAAAAAAAAAAUUACAUACUAAAUGUGAAACUUUUAACAAAAAGUUCAAAAGUAAAGUAUCAUUCUGAAUAUACAAAGGAAAUAAUUUUUUUUUAUAUUUGUCAUAAAUUUCAUGAUUAUAAAUUCUCAAGACCUAUGUGUGUCGCGUAAUAGAUAUAAGUUGUUAUGAUAAUAUAUAAUAUUGUUCUCAUAUUUAUUGGAUUAUUAUUUUUUUUUUAUUAAAUUUGUAUUAAAUGUUAUACAAAGCGCAUAAUGUUUCCAAUUAAAAUUCUACGCUUAUAAUAGCUUGUGUUAUUUAUAUAUAUAUAUAUAUUUUUUUUUUUUUUGGAAAGCUCUUGAGGGAAUAUUUGGAAAAAAAAAAUAAACAUUUUAAUACUAUUACUCAAAAAGUUACCAACAUUGAUACAUAUGAAUAAUUUUCUAAUUAAUUUAUCUUAGUGGAAAAGUUGUAAAUUAUUGUUACAAAUAUAUUAUUUUAUUUUUAAUUUUAAUUUGUUGUCAAUCGAACAAAAAUUAAACUUUUGUUAGUCUUUGCCCU